GCGACGCUAACUGUUGUUAGCAGCUGGCUUCAUCUCAACACACGGACCCGGCGAAGUGAGGAGCCGAGGAGGUGGAAUGGCCACAGUUCCCUCGGAUGCCACUUUGAGAAGACACAGCUACUAAGCAGAAGGAUCAGAUCCACAUUUCUUUAGAGGUCCGAGUCACCGGUUGUUGGUGUCAAUCUAACCCCCAUCAUGGUGCAGAAGUACCAGUCCCCUGUGCGGGUGUACAAGCAACCCUUUGAGCUGGUGAUGGAGGCCUAUGAGCGCAGAUUCCCCACCUGUCACCUCAUCCCCAUGUUUGUGGCGAGUGACGUGAUGGUUGAGGAGACCAGCGAAGACGGAUCAACCAACAGAAUUGAGCGCCGCUGUGCCCUGGACGUGGACGCUCCACGCCUGCUCAAAAGGAUUGCUGGUGUGGACUACGUCUACUUCAGCCAGAAAAACACUCUAAACAGAAAGGACAGGACGCUGCACAUUGAGUCCCAUAAUGAGACCUUUUCCAACAGGGUCAUCAUUCAUGAGACCUGCUGUUAUUCGGUUCAUCCAGAGAAUGAGGAGUGGACGUGCUUCGAGCAAACCGCCAGUCUGGACAUCAAGUCAUUCUUUGGCUUUGAGAGCACGGUGGAAAAGAUUGCUAUGAAGCAGUACGCCAGCAGUAUCAACAAGGGAAAAGAAAUAAUCGAGUACUACCUGAAGGAGCUAGAAGAUGAGGGGAUCACUCGCGUACCCCGCUGGAGUUCCUCCUCUUAUUCCCUGCCUCCCCCCAGGCCAACCAGCCUAAUUACCAGCCCACCUAGCCCCCCAAAGCUUGUGGUCACACCUGCUGUUUCUAUUCCACUGCCUGCCAACGCCAGACACAGCUCCUCCCAAGACACCAAGCAGGACAGCACCACUCUUCAGGCAGACAGCCUAACGGAGAUUCUGGCCGGUACACCUGAAGACAAGCUGGAUGCAGAUUAUAUCAAACGUUACCUAGGGGACCUGACCCCCCUGCAGGAGAGCUGUCUGAUCAGACUUCGUAAAUCGCUGCAGGAGUCACACAAGGGAAAGAUCCCUAAGGACGAGCACAUCCUGCGUUUCUUGCGGGCGAGGGACUUCAACAUAGACAAGGCCCGUGAGCUCCUGUGCCAGUCGCUGACCUGGAGGAAGCAACACCAGGUGGACUACCUGCUGGAGACCUGGAGUUCACCACAGGUCUUGCAGGACUACUACACCGGGGACUGGCACCACCAUGACAGAGAUGGUCGUCCAUUGUACAUCCUAAGGCUGGGCCAGAUGGACACUAAAGGACUGGUCCGGGCUCUGGGAGAGGAGUCUCUACUCAGACAUGUGCUGUCUAUCAAUGAGGAGGGUCUGAGACGCUGUGAGGAGAACACCAAGGUGUUUGGUCGACCCAUCAGCUGUUGGACUUGUCUGGUAGAUCUGGAAGGACUGAACAUGCGUCACCUGUGGCGUCCGGGAGUCAAGGCGCUGCUGAGGAUCAUCGAGGUUGUAGAGGCCAACUACCCAGAGACUCUGGGACGGCUGCUAAUACUAAGAGCUCCCAGGGUCUUCCCUGUCUUAUGGACACUGGUGAGUCCAUUCAUUGAUGAGAACACCCGCAAGAAGUUCCUCAUCUAUGCAGGCAAUGACUACCAGGGUCCUGGAGGUCUGGUCGACUACAUCGACAAAGAGAUCAUCCCUGACUUCCUGGGAGGAGAGUGUAUGUGCGAGGUACCAGAAGGUGGCCUGGUUCCCAAAUCCAUGUACCGCACAGCCGAGGAGGUGGAGAAUGAGGAGAUCCGCCUGUGGACAGAAACAAUCUACCAAAGCGCCAGCAUCUUCAAGGGAGCACCGCACGAGCUGCUGAUAGAAAUCAUCGACGCCUCCUCAGUCAUUACCUGGGACUUUGACGUGUGCAAGGGUGAUGUCGUUUUCAACAUCUUCCACUCCAAGCGGGCCCCCCAGGUGCCACGCAAAGACCCCUCGGUGGCCCACGGCAUCACUUCUCCAGUCGUCAACAACGUCCAGCUUAUCGACAAGUCGUGGACGCUGGGGCAAGAUUACAGCAUGGUGGAGUCCCCACUUACCUGUAAGGAGGGAGAGAGCGUACAGGGCUCCCAUAUAACGCGAUGGCCAGGUUUCUACAUCCUCCAAUGGAAGUUCCACACCAUGCCGGCCUGCUCGGCCACUAACCUGCCCCGAGUGGACGAUGUGCUGGCCUCUUUGCAGGUCUCCUCGCACAAGUGUAAAGUCAUGUACUACACUGAAGUGUUGGGCUCCGAGGAUUUCAGGGGUUCGAUGACCAGCCUGGAGUCGAGCCACAGCGGCUUCUCUCAGCUCAGCGCCGCCACCACCUCCUCCAGCCAAUCACAAUCCAGCUCGAUGAUCUCCAGGUAGAAAACGGAAGAAGAGGACUUCAUUCCCCAUAAUCCCUCCCCCUGACUGACCUUACCAUCAA